GUCUGCUCCAUGCCACACACACACUGAGAGGAGGGGACGAGCUGAAGACAGUCCCUCUGGAUCUCUCUCCUUCCUUUGUCUUCAUUAAUGAGUUCGAUGGUUUGAUCUUACACCAGAUCCGAUCAGCGUAACUCCACCGCUCAGCAGCUGGGGCCAUCCGCUUUCUAGCUAUCCACCUGAUCCAUUUGAGGAAAAGAUCCAGACUCCCGCCCUAGCAUCUAUCUAGUGUAAUAAACCCUGCGAUCCCGCGAGCACGCCAUCAUGGAAUCCUCUGAUUUGACCGCGCCGUACGCCAGACAGGCCAACGUCUUAUCUCCCACGCAACGAUCUUCAUCCCAUUCGUCUCAUCGUGAGCCACACCGCAUGGCUGCCUUCGAAACGGUCACCGUGCCUGACCAGGGCCAAUCGCAACCAGUCAACGAGGUCACCCCCAUCGUGAGCAACUCUGACACAUCCCGGCGCAACUAUCAUUCGACCGACGGUCUACGGAACAGGGACUCAGGAUCAACAAACAACAACACGGUCUCACGGGAUCCCGGUCAGCAGAACUCCCAGUGUGAUUCGGAAGAACCGCGCGGCUCGUGGUAUAGCCGGCUGGCGGAGAAAUAUGGAAGUUUGGAAUUAGAGAAUAAAGGCAGCGUGGCCCGGGACCAUCUUGCUUUGGAACGAACCUUUCUGGCAUGGCUGCGGACAUCGCUAGCCUUUGCGUCGAUUGGCAUUGCGGUAACCCAGUUAUUCCGUCUGAAUAGUGCUGGGUCCAACGCAAACAGCGCCAACAUGUCGGCUCAUAUGUCUCCCCUUUUGUCAUCCGCUGCGUAUGAUCCCGCUAUAGGGGUAACAUCUGCCUCGUCGCGCCUUCGGAGCAUCGGUAAGCCGUUAGGGACUACUUUCAUUGGAGUUGCAAUUUUGAUCCUACUGGUUGGAUUCCAUCGCUACUUCGAGAGUCAGUAUUGGAUAAUUCGGGGCAAGUUUCCAGCCAGCCGUGGUAGUGUUGCUUUGACAGCAUUUGUGGCUGCUGCUCUGAUUGUUACUGCUUUUGUUGUGAUCCUUGCUAUUUCGCCCGGCGCGGUCGAAGUGUAAGGGAUGGUUUUGGGAUAAGCAAGGGGUUCCACGUGUUCUAUAACGUUUUUCUUGUUUGUUUUGUAUGUAUUGAAGCGAGCGAAAUAAGGUGUUUGGAGAUGUUGUGCUGUUUAUAGGUACAUAGCAGUAAUUAGGUGAUGACCAUGAUUGGGUCAACUGAACAAAAGAGCUACUCUACUAUAGCAAUCCAAAUACCUUACCAUGGUC